CUCUGCUCUUUUUGAAUGGUCCCGUAGUCUUCUGGGACCUGUCGUGUGUCUGCAGUCUCUGGUCAUCUCCUGUACUAUUUCUACAGUCUCUGGUCAUCUCCUGUAGUAUGUCUGCAGUCUCUGGUCAUCUCCUUAGUACGUCUGCAGUCUCUGGUCAUCUCCUUAGUACGUCUGCAGUCUCUGGUAAUCUCCUUAGUACGUCUGCAGUCUCUGGUCAUCUCCUUAGUACGUCUGCAGUCUCUGGUCAUCUCCUUAGUACGUCUGCAGUCUCUGGUCAUCUCCUGUAGUAUGUCUGCAGUCUCUGGUCAUUUCCUGUACUAUGUCUGCAGU